AUGUUAGUUGAGAAUUUUCUUGAUAUUUUACAAUGUUUUUUUUUGAUAGUUGAUGAAGAUCGAGCAGCAUUUGAAGAUCAGUACGGUAUUACCAAUAAAGCAAAUUCGUCGGCUUCCGUAAAAAGCGAAAAGGAAAAUAAAGUUCAAACAGAAAAGUUAAAACAAAAAAAAUCUGGUCAAACUGAUGAAUGGGAUCGAGAAUGGGAUGUUGGUAAAACAAGAGCUGAAACGUGGAUUGAAAAUGUACCAGAAAUGGGCCUUACAUGGAGAGGUCAUCGGAAGAAACGCGGAUAUUACGGUCGCGGAAAAGGCGGGCGUAAUUCAGGGCCACCAAGAAAGGAUUAUUCAAUGCAUGAUGAUCGUUUCGAAUCUGGAUCUUACGAUGAACGGUUAAACGCCACGGAAGACAAGCUAAAAGCGCAAUCACGACCUGCAGCAGAUGAGACGCAAUCGCAAAACGCUGAAAGACAACAAAGUCGCAAUCGAGAGAAUCGUGGCGCUGGCAGUAAUGGAAAUGCGGGUAGGGGUUACUACAGAGCUAUGGGACGUGGAGCAAGGAGGAGAAGUCGACUUCUGGAAGUCCCUACAAAAAAAGACAACGGUGAACUUAGGAAUGAACAGACACCGAAGGAGGAAGGAACAGUCUAUGAGAAACGAGUUGAAAUUGUCAAAAACAAAGAAGGCUCUAGAGACACCAUAAGAGUCAAACUAACAAAUCUAAGUAUUAAAGAGGUAACCGGCAGUUAUGUUAUACCUGUCUAA